GGUAUCCCAUGGACUUGAUCUUGGUGACACCAAUGGAUUUUCACUGCAGUAUAUGGAGAGUCCUGUAGUUGUUAUAGGAGCCAGCAGCUGUUUAAUGUUUUAUGUUUAUGGUCAAAAUGAGUUACCACUGCGUUUAAGUCUGAAACAUACAGAAGGUCAUAUCACAAGGAUUGGAGAUUGUAAUACUGUUGUUGGGAAGGAACUGGAUUGGUACCGGAUAACCAUGGAUAUUCCCUCAGGAAACUACAGUCUUAUAUUUGAGGCGGGAGAACAUUUCUGGUCAAGAUAUUUUGGGUUGUGCUUAGAUGACAUUAGUGUGAUGGAUGGACAAUCAUGUGAUAACAUUGGGUGUGGUCCAAAUGAGUUUCUGUGCCACAACUCUUCAUUGUGUAUCCCUGCCCACCGUCAAUGUGAUUCCAUCAUUAACUGUCCUGAUGGUGAGGAUGAACAGAACUGCAGGGUCUCCUCUUGA